AUGAUGGAUUACAAUCGUGCUUGGGAGCAGAACAGAGGUGGUUUAACCGACGUCGGCGAUCAUCGUGGUUAUGCCAAUUGGCCGGUUCUCAGCGAGGCCAUGCGUGAUGCCAUCAUUUUCGCCUUCAAUUUGCAGACAAGCACUCUAAACUUAAGAGUGGGUUUUUAGUGUUUCUGUUCUUUUUACUGCUUGUAUUUUUGGUUUUCCAUCCUAAGGGAGAUGAACCAAGAGCAUACCUGCAAACGGGGACCAGAAACACCUCCUCCAAAGUCCUACCUUUAAUGAACCAAGCUCAGUACGACGAUAUUGUUUCCGUGUCUCUGGCUCCCAGACCAAUGCCUGGCAUUGGUACACCAGGGAUUCCGGAUCCAGCGACUACGGACCCUAUGGAUUUUGGUGGUCCUCCGGAUGGCUCCCAACGAGAGUUAAGGCUAGUCAAGAAUUACUAUCUUCCCAUUGAUGCGGACUAGAAGUAGAACUAGAACUAGUAUGGGUCGUAUGCUGAGUACAACGUAAAAAGAACGUAAAUUCCCCUGUGUAGUUCUUGAAGUCUUCAAUGACGGAUUUUGAGGUAAGAAAAAAGGGAAGGAUCUUCAAGAGGAUUUUAGGUGACUGACUAGCGUUAAGAAAGGUCGACGUGGCUGUGACGUUUACCACAAGGCGUUGGGCUGAGGUUGAGUUCGAGUUCAAUCGCAUUCUGUCUGACGCCUGCGAGAGUCGGCCUACGCCUCCUGGUUGUCCUCCGCCAAUGGGCAUGGGCACCUGGCGGGCGAAGUUGGCACAGCGUUUCCGCGACAAGAUGGACCCGGAUGCGAAUACAGCCGCAGACGGUCCCCGCGAGGUGUUUUUCUCAAAUCCGUACCUGGGAAAUGUCAUGUACGAUCCAAUGAUGCCUCAGUUUGCGUGUUCCAACGACGACUGCUUUGAAAUCCAUGCAAUCGCGCAAUUGCACGAAGGCGACGGAUCAGGCAGUCGACGAAACUUGGAGGAGGGCACUUCUGCAGGAGAUGUUGCACUUCACAAGAAAGAAAAAAAGUCACCAUUGCAUCCAAAGCGUCGUUUCUUGCGCAACAAUCCUGAUGGCGUCUCCGACUCCUCUCCUCGUUACGAGAUUGACGCGAAGGGCCGUGUCGUCCUUCCGGAAAGUAGUCUGUCCAAAACGACAGCACAACAACAUCAGGCUACUUCUACCAUCUUCACUUCAUCUUCCGACUCUUCCUCUGCGCCUCUGCGUCAUCUGUCGACCUCUUCGGACAAGUUUGAUUACUUCUCUGAGCUGCAGAUCGUGAUUGAACCCCAGACUAUGGCUACCCCUGCUUGGCAGAUCGCCUCUCACCCGUCUCUGCAAACCGAUGUCAAAGCCGCUUUCAUUCAUGCAGCGACUGAACAAGGACUUACUGGCGUCUCGCCAUCUGAUUUGUUUGUAGAUAUCUUUGUUACGGCAAGAAGGUCACUUGAAUUCUUGUAGCCUACAAGCUUCCUCUCCCCGCCUCUCCCCGCCAAAAUACCUUUAUUUCCUAGCACAACGACCAACUACAGCUACAAGCUUAUUUCCUAGCACUUGUUCUUCUGCAAUCGAUGAAAAUUAGAUUGAGAAUGCCUUUACCAUUUCCUACAACGACAAGUGCAAAGAUCCACCUCUCCAUCUCCCUCUCCCAAUAACUGUCUAACUGACGUGUACGCCUACAAUCUAGAAAAUUUGUCAUCCUUCUUACUUCCUAGUACAACCAACUACAGCUAGAAGCUUAUAAUUUCCUAGCACAACCAAUUACAGCUACAAGCUCAUUUCCUAGUACAACCAACUACAGCUACAACUACAAUCGCUUCCCUCCCUCUCGCCGCCUCGCCCUGCCGUCUACUCUAAUUUGGAAGACUCCAUGGGUUUCGGAGCUGCCAUGGUCUACGAUCCGAUGACUGGACAAAUGAUUUCCGUUGAGGAGGGGCAAGACCCCUAUGCGAUGAUGCACGGAGGCUUCGAGAUGGAAGACGAUGCUAUGACGUGGGAGGAUCCCAUGAUGAGCGACCCCAUGAUGAUUAUGAAAACAGGAAUCUAAGUCCUCGAAGAUAUGUGUAGUGUUGUUACAGUAUCAGUACCCAGCUAAGUAUAUUAAAGUGAAUGUAAUUUAUUUGCACAGUAACUGAUUCAUCCUAUGAUGAUUAUGAAAACCAAAACAAGUUUGAUUUUGAUAAAGAUAACUUCUAAAUCGAUGACUUCAUCUUCUUCGUUUUGUUCUUAGAAGUUAGUAGAAUGAAUUGUGUAUCUGUAAAACAACAACAAGGAAGGUUUUAGUGUAUAAAGAGAAUUUUUUGCACGGUAACAGAUUCAUCUAUUAAGUUAUCACGACUUUUUCUUUUGUCUUCUGUACUCCUACUUCUUACUAGUGCUUCUACCUCGUACUAGUACUACUACUACAGGUACAGCAUCAACAGUGAAUCACAACGAGGAUUAUAGUGGACUUCGUCCUACAGCCUACAUAGGAGGAUUAUAGUGGACUUCGUCCUACCGAUAGUGACUUACAACGAGGAUUAUAGUGGACUUUUUAAGAAAAGGAAACCUAGUAUCUUUGUCUUUCCUCUAACCUCCUGGGCGGUGGUUACGACGAUCCUAUGAUGGAUAUGGGCAUGGGUGGUGGCAUGUGGUAUCGCGAACGCCGAGCACGACGACGCAUGGAACGACGGGCCAAAUUGAGAAAGGAAGACGCUGCUUUCCGACACGGCAAGUGGGAUAACCCGUUCUUGAAACACCAAAAAAUGAAAGCGAGGAUGGAGGAGAUGAACAAGGACAAGAAUGAGAGAGUACUACAGGAGAACCCUCCUGCAACCCGUCGUCAGCUUGUAGUCGAGCACACUCUGCGGUGUGUGAUAGACCUGUAUGGUCAUCCGCAAGCCCGGAAGUUGGCCAAAGAAGCGAUCAAAAAAGCGUUUUUGGACAAGUUCAAAGUGAAACUUGUUGCUCUCUCGCCACUGAUUGCGAACAUUCCGAAAAUGGACUUUUCGCCUACAGGAAAGCCGUUUGUGGAGCAAAACAUGGAUGAGACGCCCACCAAAGUGGCGUUUGCCACGGAUCCUAAGAUGCAGGCGAUCCUGGGCGAGCGUCCUUACUGCGAUUACAACACCGAAAGUGGUUCGCCAGGUAUCAGUCUCGAUGGAGCGAGUUAUACCAGUGGCCGCGCAUCCAUCUUCUGCGAUGGUCUGCACGAUGGUUUGAUCGUGGUGAACGCAGGUGGCUUUUCAGACGAAACUAAAGUGCCGAAAAACAGCAACAUGCGGAUUCUGAUUCGCGGCAGUAGCUCGGACCCGACGAAAACGACACCAAUGGAAGUGCGGACGAUUAAACGCGCUUACCAGUGGCUCUUCCCGAUCGUGGAUCCAAAUACUGGUGAGUUGGGUGACGAUCAAGUAACGCCGUGGGUCUGCCAUCCGGAACAUUAUGACUGGCACUAUUUCGUAAUCCUAAUCUCGUCUAUCGUUUCUAUUCCUCACCCACUUACUUGUUACUCCUAGAUCUUUCUAGGGAUCCGAAUGCAGAUCCCUCUGUAACUGUACAAAAAUAGGUAACAGAAUGUUGGAGUCUGUCAUGGUCCUCAUGAGAAACGAAAAUAACUUCUGUUGGAGUCUGUCCUUGUCCUCAUGAGAAACGAAAAUAACUUCUGUUGGAGUCUGUCCUUGUCCUCAUGAUGAGAAACGAGCACUACAAGUUAAAAACGGAAGACUCUAAAUGUCAUCUUCUAUGACAACUGCACAUAACAAGUAUUGAAGACUGCACAUAACAAGUAUCUCCCCAAUAUUGGGCUCUAGUAUCUCCCCAAUAGAUUACAGAAACGAGUCUGUCCUUGUCCUCCUGAGAAACGAGCAUUAUAAGUUAAAAACGUAAACUCUAUGACUGCACAUAAGUAUCUCCCCAAUAUUGUGCUCUAACCUUAAAAGUAUCUCCCCAAUAUUGGGUUCUAGUAAGUAUCUCACUGAUUUAUAUAGUGACUGCACAUAAGAAGUAUCUCCACAAUAUUGGUGUAUGGUUCUGGUAUUUUUGGUAUAGCCUGAAUUUGAUCCUAAGGGUUCUCUUCUUGUUUUCCCUUAGGAUCGAAUUCAGGUUACCAAAUACCCGAACCAUUCAAUUGGGCUCUAACCUGAAUGGGCGGAUGGCAUUUGCGAUUGCAACUGCGGUCGAGCCGAUUGGGAUUGCAUGGGCGACCGUGGAAUUCCGCAACUCUACGUGGAGGGCGUGUUGGAUAACCCGGAAAUGGCAGUACGUGUGAACGUGAAUUGUCCCUUCGGCAACGACCGAGUCGUCAAAGUUCCAGAACAGGGCCAGGGUGAAUUGCCUCCCACGUGCGGUCAAGUCAAGUCUCAACCAAUAUGAUGAAACCGCUAAUAUAACUUUAACUUCUGUAUUUAAGCAUCAAUUUUUUCCAAAAAAGUAAAUUUUUUAGAAACAAAUUGAUGAAUCUUGUUAACUGCUCAACAAUAUAAUUAUUGUUUGGGCAGCGUCUCUGCUACUGCUCCCAUGGCUUUCUUGUCUGCCAGCAAGGACUUUUCGUUCCCUGGCCCCCGCCCCUUGGUGCGGAAAGAUGAAAACUACACUUUCACUUCUUACUUGAUGGAUGCGAUGGAGCUCGUCUGUGGUACUCUACCUCUAGAUGUAGUUCCUUCAUUCUAGCACUGUUCUCUCCGCUUCAAAACUUCUUACUUUUUUAAGCAACAUGCUUAGAUGAUAACGGUUUCAUAUAGUCAACCCUUAGACUUUUUUAAGCAAAAAUAUGAAAGAAAUAAUUGCUUAGAAGAUAUUGAUAAACAUGAAAGAAAUAAUUGCUUAGAAGAUACUCCCCGGGCCGGGGUGCCCCGGGAGACGUUAAGGAAGGGGAAAGGAUACUUUAGGGACGUGGGCGGGGGUGAAUGGUUUCACAAGGUGAAACAAACGGGCGCCCGAAGGGCGCUCACUCCCCUCCGCGCUGCGGCAAAGGGGAGCGGGGGCGCGCUGGUUUUAAAUACAAGAGGAAGGUGGCAGUACUGCCACCGAUUCCCCUUGAAAAUGUGGCAGCAUGAAAGGCCUUCAGUGUUUACAUUAAAGGCGCCCCGGGGGUCCUUUAGUGUUCACACUAAAGGGGAGGGGAGUCCUUUGGCAUUCACAUUGAAGGUUUGGCAUUCGCAUUGAAGGCGUCCUGGGGGUCCUUUAGUGUUCACAUUCAAGGCCCGCUGUUGCUGUCGUUGUUGCUGCUGUUGCUGUUGUUGCUCUUGUUGUUGCUCUUGUUUUUGUUGCUGCUGUUCUUGCUGUUGUUGUUGUUCUUGCUGUUGGUGUUCUUGCUGCUUCUUGUUGUCCUUGCUGUUGUUGUUGUUCUUGCUGUUCUUGUUGUUGUUCUUGCUGUUGUUCUUGCUGUUGUUCUUGCUGUUGUUCUUGCUGUUGUUCUUGCUGUUGUUCUUGCUGUUGUUCUUGCUGUUGUUCUUGCUGUUGUUCUUGCUGUUGUUCUUGCUGUUGUUCUUGCUGUUGUUCUUGCCGUUGUUCUUGCUGUUGUUCUUGCUGUUGUUCUUGCUGUUGUUGUUCUUGCUGUUGUUGUUCUUGCUGUUGUUCUUGCUGUUGUUCUUGCUGUUGUUCUUGCUGUUGUUCUUGCUGUUGUUGUUCUUCCUCAGGGCCAUCUGUUGCCCACAUGGAAGGCCUUCAGUGUUUACUUUAAAGGCGUCGUAGGGGUCCUGUAGUGUUUACAUUAAGAGCGCCUUAGGGGUGGCCCCUUAGUGUUUACAUCACAGGCGGCUUAAGGGUCCCUUAGUGUUCACAUUAAAGGGGAGAGGAGUCCUUUAGCGUUCACAUUAAAGGCGUCCUAAGGGUCCUUUAGUGUUCACAUUAAAGGCGAAGAGUGUGCGGGGGUUUUUCGUAGUGUUUUAAGUAGCCGCUGUUGUUGUUGUUUGUUGUUGUCUGUUGCUGUUUGCUGCUCUCUGUUGCUGUUUUGUCGCUGUUGCUCUGUUGUUGUUGCUUUGCUGCUGCUGCUUUGUUGUUGCUGCUGCUUUGUUGUUGCUGCUGCUUUGUUGUUGCUGCUGCUUUGUUGCUGCUGCUGCUUUGUUGCUGCUGCUGUUGUUUUGCUGCUGUUGUUUUGUUGCUGUCGUUGUUGCUGUCGUUGUUGCUGUCGUUGUUGCUGUCGUUGUUGCUGUCGUUGUUGCUGUCGUUGUUGCUGUCGUUGUUGCUGUCGUUGUUGCUCUUGUUGUUGCUCUUGUUGCUGCUCUUGUUGUUGCUCUUGUUGUUGCUCUUGUUGUCCUUGCUGUCCUUGUUGUUCUUGUUGUCUUUGCUCUUGCUGUUGUUGUCUUUGCUCUUGCUGUUGUUGUCCUUGCUGUUGUUCUUGCUGUUGUUCUUGCUGUUGUUCUUGCUGUUGUUCUUGCUGUUGUUCUUGCUGUUGUUCUUGCUGUUGUUCUUGCUGUUGUUCUUGCUGUUGUUCUUGCUGUUGUUCUUGCUGUUGUUCUUGCUGUUGUUCUUGCUGUUGUUCUUGCUGUUGUUCUUGCUGUUGUUCUUGCUGUUGUUCUUGCUGUUGUUCUUGCUGUUGUUCUUGCUGUUGUUCUUGCUGUUGUUCUUGCUGUUGUUCUUGCUGUUGUUCUUGCUGUUGUUCUUGCUGUUGUUCUUGCUGUUGUUCUUGCUGUUGUUCUUGCUGUUGUUCUUGCUGUUGUUCUUGCUGUUGUUCUUGCUGUUGUUCUUGCUGUUGUUCUUGCUGUUGUUCUUGCUGUUGUUCUUGCUGUUGUUCUUGCUGUUGUUCUUGCUGUUGUUCUUGCUGUUGUUCUUGCUGUUGUUCUUGCUGUUGUUCUUGCUGUUGUUCUUGCUGUUGUUCUUGCUGUUGUUCUUGCUGUUGUUCUUGCUGUUGUUCUUGCUGUUGUUCUUGCUGUUGUUCUUGCUGUUGUUCUUGCUGUUGUUCUUGCUGUUGUUCUUGCUGUUGUUCUUGCUGUUGUUCUUGCUGUUGUUCUUGCUGUUGUUCUUGCUGUUGUUCUUGCUGUUGUUCUUGCUGUUGUUCUUGCUGUUGUUCUUGCUGUUGUUCUUGCUGUUGUUCUUGCUGUUGUUCUUGCUGUUGUUCUUGCUGUUGUUCUUGCUGUUGUUCUUGCUGUUGUUCUUGCUGUUGUUCUUGCUGUUGUUCUUGCUGUUGUUCUUGCUGUUGUUCUUGCUGUUGUUCUUGCUGUUGUUCUUGCUGUUGUUCUUGCUGUUGUUCUUGCUGUUGUUCUUGCUGUUGUUCUUGCUGUUGUUCUUGCUGUUGUUCUUGCUGUUGUUCUUGCUGUUGUUCUUGCUGUUGUUCUUGCUGUUGUUCUUGCUGUUGUUCUUGCUGUUGUUCUUGCUGUUGUUCUUGCUGUUGUUCUUGCUGUUGUUCUUGCUGUUGUUCUUGCUGUUGUUCUUGCUGUUGUUCUUGCUGUUGUUCUUGCUGUUGUUCUUGCUGUUGUUCUUGCUGUUGUUCUUGCUGUUGUUCUUGCUGUUGUUCUUGCUGUUGUUCUUGCUGUUGUUCUUGCUGUUGUUCUUGCUGUUGUUCUUGCUGUUGUUCUUGCUGUUGUUCUUGCUGUUGUUCUUGCUGUUGUUCUUGCUGUUGUUCUUGCUGUUGUUCUUGCUGUUGUUCUUGCUGUUGUUCUUGCUGUUGUUCUUGCUGUUGUUCUUGCUGUUGUUCUUGCUGUUGUUCUUGCUGUUGUUCUUGCUGUUGUUCUUGCUGUUGUUCUUGCUGUUGUUCUUGCUGUUGUUCUUGCUGUUGUUCUUGCUGUUGUUCUUGCUGUUGUUCUUGCUGUUGUUCUUGCUGUUGUUCUUGCUGUUGUUCUUGCUGUUGUUCUUGCUGUUGUUCUUGCUGUUGUUCUUGCUGUUGUUCUUGCUGUUGUUCUUGCUGUUGUUCUUGCUGUUGUUCUUGCUGUUGUUCUUGCUGUUGUUCUUGCUGUUGUUCUUGCUGUUGUUCUUGCUGUUGUUCUUGCUGUUGUUCUUGCUGUUGUUCUUGCUGUUGUUCUUGCUGUUGUUCUUGCUGUUGUUCUUGCUGUUGUUCUUGCUGUUGUUCUUGCUGUUGUUCUUGCUGUUGUUCUUGCUGUUGUUCUUGCUGUUGUUCUUGCUGUUGUUCUUGCUGUUGUUCUUGCUGUUGUUCUUGCUGUUGUUCUUGCUGUUGUUCUUGCUGUUGUUCUUGCUGUUGUUCUUGCUGUUGUUCUUGCUGUUGUUCUUGCUGUUGUUCUUGCUGUUGUUCUUGCUGUUGUUCUUGCUGUUGUUCUUGCUGUUGUUCUUGCUGUUGUUCUUGCUGUUGUUCUUGCUGUUGUUCUUGCUGUUGUUCUUGCUGUUGUUCUUGCUGUUGUUCUUGCUGUUGUUCUUGCUGUUGUUCUUGCUGUUGUUCUUGCUGUUGUUCUUGCUGUUGUUCUUGCUGUUGUUCUUGCUGUUGUUCUUGCUGUUGUUCUUGCUGUUGUUCUUGCUGUUGUUCUUGCUGUUGUUCUUGCUGUUGUUCUUGCUGUUGUUCUUGCUGUUGUUCUUGCUGUUGUUCUUGCUGUUGUUCUUGCUGUUGUUCUUGCUGUUGUUCUUGCUGUUGUUCUUGCUGUUGUUCUUGCUGCUGUUCUUGCUGUUGUUCUUGCUGUUGUUGAUGAGGCGCCUUAGGGGUCCUUUAGUGUUUGCAUUCAGGGCGCCUUAGUUUAGAGGUCUUUUAGUGUUUACAUUAAAGGCGCCCUAAGGGUCCUUUAGUGUUCACACUAAAGGGGGGGGAGUCCUUUAGCAUUCACAUUAAAGGCGCCUUAGGGGUCCUUUAGUGUUCACAUUAAAGGCGAAGAGUGUUCGGGGGUUUUUAAUAGUAUUUAAAUAGAGUAUUGAUAAACAUGAAAGAAAUAAUUGCUUAGAAGAUAUUGAUAAACAUGAAAGAAAUAAUUGCUUAGAAGAUAUUGAUAAACAUGAAAGAAGUAAUUGCUUAGAAGAUAUUGAUAAACAUGAAAGAAAUAAUUGCUUAGAAGAUAUUUGAAUGGUUCUGGUAUUUGGUAACCUGAAUUUGAUCCUAAGGGAAAACAAGAAGAGAACCUUUAGGAUCAAAUUCAGGUUACCAAAUACCAGAACCAUACAGAUAGCGGCUUCUUCAUAAUGAACGAAGUACGCUUACUGCGAAUACAGCACUGGAUUACCGACUAGUGUAGUGCAAAAAGCCUACCAAUCGCCAGAUGGAUCGUCGUUUGGCUACUCCCAAAGCUACCAGAAAGCUCCGGAUUACUUCAAGUACCUGUGGGAAGUCGUGGAAAUGGACGAACCCCUACAGAAAAACCGAGAGUUAAGGUGGCUACCGCUGUUGAAGCAUCCUUGGCUCUUUUUUAUCCUUGGCUCUUUUUCUACUUGAAAAGGAAGCCAAGGAUGCAGCUCUCAGGGAUGCGACCGCGGUAGCUCUAAGAGAGGUUGGGACCUUGGUUGAAACUCUGGGUGUAUCGGAGGUCACAGCCAGUAAGUACCAGGCGAACGCACUCGCGAAGGCUCAAUUUUAUGCUGCGGGUGAAUCGUUUUCACUUUUCAUGUCUGGUAUUAUUUAACGGAUAAUAAAAAUAAGUUUGUUGAUAUUCUUGAACAGGAACACGUAGAAAAUAUUGAAAAUGAAUUUCUUUCAUCUUCUAGUACCAUCUUCAAGGAAGUAAUUAUUUGAAUUUAUUACUUGAAGCAAGCUUAGUCCGUUAUUGCUUGAAGCAAGCUCUUGCGUAUCAUCGUAAAAAUAGGGCCCAAGAAAAGUCCACAACAACAUUUAAGUAGAAGUUCAACCCUUUUCUCCCACUCUAAUCCGGAUACGUCGACACUGCGAUUAUGGAACAAUCGCAUGAUUUCAUGCAUACUAUGUUGGAGAACGCCGACGAGAUGGACCCCAUGUGCUACUCCGAGUUCCCGCCUCCUCACUGCACGGGUGGUGCUGUCACCUUCGGUGGUCAGACGAUUCAGACUACGCCUGUCGUAGCGGCUAACGUCACAUUGUUAUGAACAAACGGACACGCUUGUGGAGGAGGUCAAAAUUUAGGGAGAAUUAGGGGAUAUUAUGGUUCCCUAAUUUUCCCUAAAAUUCGUACGUGGGUUUAAGCGUGUCAGUUUGUUUCUAACAUUGGGCAUGGAUUUGCCGGCUGGCACUACCAAUCAGAGCUUGAUGGACGACCCUGACGUUACAGAUUCGUUCAGGUUCGCUUUGGCAGACACGUACGGUGUGGCAGCGUACGAAGUUCACAUUACUGGGUUCGAAUUCGUCACGCGAAGAAGGUUGAUGGAAAUGAUCACUGGUGCGGAAUCGCCGUCCUCUUCCGGACGAUUCAAUUCUUUUCCACCAACGAUGGAAAGUUAAGAGUUGGCUCCUUAGUGCUUUUUUGUGCAUCUUGAUGAUGUUGAUGUUGAAAAGCAGCAGAGGAGGACUACAUACUUAUUCCCGAACGAGAAUCAGAGAAUUCUCAAUUUCGUUUUUUUUUUACGAAUAGAUCAUCUACUUUUAGAAGCAUCAAGUGCAAAGAAGUUGUAGAAGUUGUAGUACUACCAACUCCAACGAUUACAAUUGCACUCAUCUCUAAUCAAAAGCCGAACCUUAUUCCAGUCCCGAGGGUGAUUCGGAGGUUGAGUCUGGACGGGCCUCGUCGAUCCCGAGUAGCUAUUCCACUUUUUACUCGGUAGAAGCUCGCAAUGCGGCUGAGGUUGAACGUAUUCAACAGGAGUUGAGAGAGCGCGAUAUGUCAGGGGAUGUAUAUGCCAGGCGAAAGGGAUUGAGGACUGCUAGAAAGAAUGUUUAUGAUGAGAAGAUGACUUUUAAUCUUCUUGGUCGUGAUAGAAAUUCAAGGUUUCUAGCUGUAAGUAAUCAGUUCUUGUUCCACCCAGGGAAAGAGUAAGAACGGCCUGAUUGACUCAAAAUAUCUAUCACUGUUCUGGGCAACAUUCCAUUCCACCACCACUUCUCCACCAGCCUUUCUCGUGGGGGGAGGUUCUGCCUCUAACCCCUCGACGAAGUCCCUCACCGAGAGCUUCAGCCUGCUCACAUUCGUCGUUUGGCUGCGUUCAAUGUGAACGUAAAAUUUGAGAUCUCUCAGCCAGACCAAGCCAAAGCCGACGCUUUCGGGCAACAGAUGGCGGCGGUUCCGACUUCCAAACUGCUCUCCAACGUGCAGUCGGAAUUGGUCUACGUGUCGACGAUUCCAAUGUCGGCAACGACUGUGGUGGCAGCAGUGAAGACGAGGACGAAGAUUUAUGGCAAGGAACUUCAGCUACAGGUGUUGGGAUAGACUUGUUACUUGUUACUUCUGCAUAAUAGAUCUUACAGUGGUACAUUACAUCACAAUGCAAAGAAGCGGAAAUGAGUUGUACUUACUACACAUGAUAUUGAUGGCGCGAAUCUACUCGGCGAUCUGCCUAAGAUUUCUCUGGCGACUUCUACCCGCUAGUCUAGCCUGUUGCUGGACUUACUAAGCAUAGAAUUGCAAUGAUUCAUCCUUGUCCUUCCACUGCUCUAAAUCAAGCCAGACACAGCGGCCAUGGCAAAGAUGGCAGCCUCUAUGCAGGGAGAUAUGGGCGGUCCCGGUAGUGCGUUUGAUCCUGCAGCCAUGAUGGCCAUGGAAAUGAUGGGCAUGGACCCCUUCGCUACUAGUGCGCCUCCUCCUUUACGGCAAGAUGAAACAAGAGAGGGAGAGCAUGAUCCUUAUAUUUUUAUAAUAUCCUCUUCCUCGAUUUUAUUUUUCUAGAUAGGUACCGCAACGACGACCUUAUAAUGUAGUCAUCCUUGGGUUUGGGACGUCUUUCUUUUGUAUGGUUCUGGUAUUUUUGGUAACCUGAAUUUGAUCCUAAGGGUUCUCUUCUUGUUUUCCCUUAUGAUCAAAUUCAGGUUACCAAAAACCGGAACCGUUCAUCUUUUACUACAUGAAAGUAGACAAGCCAUAGCCAUCAAGAAUAAACCACGGUGCAUCAGAAACAAAAGCCUAGCUCUAACUCAUGGCAUGCCAGGAAUGAUUGAUCCGUGGGCUGAUCCCUACAUGGACCCCUACAACGACCCCUACAACGACCCCUACGGCAUGCCUGGGAUGACGAGUGAUCCCUGGAUGGACCCUUGGUCUGAUCCCUAUGCAACGACGUUGGACCCGUGGAUGAACUUAUGAGAAGACAGGGAUGUAAUUUUGUUUUUGACAAAGGUAAGCGACUGAUUUGCAUCCCCUACUUCAGAGGCUUACGCUUCCUCAGUCAACCUCACGGUCACUCCAGGAACUGUUUUGUCUUGCCGAAGGUAUAGAACGACCUUUUGCGACACAAUGAUGAUGAAGACUAAUCUGUAAUCAGGUGUUGGUUUCAGCUCCCCUAUAUCUCUCUCCUCCUUGAUGAAGAGUUUCAGUUUUUCUUCUUGUUUCAGCUCCCCUGUAUCUCUCUCCUCCUUGAUGAAGAGUUUCAGUUUUUCUUCUUGUUUCAGCUCCCCUGUAUCUCUCUCCUCCUCGUCUUCAUAGAGCACCGACAUGAACAACAACUUUGGUACCAGCAUGAUGCCCGGCAACGACUACAAGAACGAUAACUGGGGUACCAGCAUGGGGCCCGGUAGCGACUUCAAUAACAACUGGAGUACCAGCAUGAGUCCCGGCAGUGACAUGAAUAACAACUGGGAUACUGACUACAACACUGACACGAAGAACAACUGGGACACUGGAAGCCCCGGCAUUGACAUGAAUGACAACUGGGACACUGGCACCGGCAGUGACAUGAAUAACAACUGGGAUACUGACUACAAGACUGACACGACGAACAACAACUGGGACACGGGCACCGGUAGUGACAUGAAGGACAACUGGGAUACUGGCACGAAUAG